UGCAAAUGGCCCCCACAAUCAUCCCGCACCCAAACGCGCCGCCGUACUUUCCCAUUCUACUCCACACAUUCUCCUCCACCGCCGCCGCCUCCUCUUCCUUCUUCACGUCCCCAUCCUUCUCCACAACACCGAAUAAUUCAUCCGUCGUAUUCUCGCAACGCGAAUCUUCCGGAUCUGAGUUCGAAUCCGAACCCGAAACAACGCUGCCGCCGCACGGAACCACCUGCUGACCACACUCCUCCCCCUUCGCACCUCCUCCUGCCGCGGAAUCGCGCGGAACCUCCCCCGGCGGCCCUCCGCCGGAAAAAUCCUGGGAUUCCCCCGAACCGCCGCCCCGGAGGAGCACCGACAGCCUCAGGUCGACCUCAACGCGGCCAGCCGCUCCCCAAUUUCCUCCAAUUGGCCGGAGUUCCGCGGCCUGGACGCGAUCUCCUGCGAGAGGAGGUUGCGCAGGAAGGCGAAGCGCUUCCUGAUGUCGUCGAAGGCGAUCUGCUGGAGCGGGCCGGGCGGCGAAGCCGGGUCGAGGGGGAUCCGGAUGACGUCACCGAGCUCGGUUUCCAAUUCGCGCAUACAGCUGUCCUCGGCCCCCGAAUCUUGGCGGCCACCUCAUCGAUGACCAGCCUCGUCAGCAGCAGCCCUGCCACCAAUGCCGCCACCAUCAGCAUCGUGAAAACCGCGCUCCAGCUCCUUCCCGACACGUACCCAGUCAGCAGCGGGCCCACGGCUGCCCCAAUCGAGCCCGUCCCGUCUAUAAUGGCUGUGACAGUGGCGAUGGCCCGCGAAUUCCCUUGCAGGCAGCUGUGGCUUCCCAAGUCAGUCGAGACAGCUGUCGUAAUAAGCGCGUAG